CACACAGGUACCGUCCGGAGCCCGAAAGUGUCGCGUAAAUCCCCUGCUGUGUGGCGCUAUUAGUUUCGUUUGGCUUGUUCUCCAAUUCAUAUUUUCAUUCUUCUACACACAUAACGCUGGGGUAUUAGCAGUGACUUUGUAGGAAAAAAGAACCAAUCGAUUGGCACUGUGCGCUUGUGUCGCGUCGCAAUUCCUACAUUUCUGCCCAGCGCGUUCGCCGGAACAAAAGGGACCGAAAACAUUGAUUUCGGUGCGACUGUUCAUUCCACAUCCAGUCGUCGAAGUUAGAUUCGACUGAACCCGGCUGAGCCUUCGACCAGGAGAAAAAAAAAAUACACACACCGCAUCGAACUUGGAGAGCUCGGUAGGUGCUGCUUAUACCCGCGAAAGAUUCAUGAUUUGUGCGAUUAUGCGGCUUUAAGUGCGAUAAGAUAGUUUGGCUUCGCUCCAGCGCCACACUGUGCGUUCUGCUCGAGGCUCACAAGCGCUCUCCGUGCCGCCUAAUUUUGCAAAUCCGGGAACACAAGUGGGGAGUGUGUGGAGAAUCGAUAGAGUUUCCCCAUGGAAUAAUGGCAUCCAACCGAACGAUGGACGAAAUUCGUCGGCAACGCUUGCUGGCGUUGGAACAAAAAAUUCGAGAUCCGGCUGGCAUCGCCAACGUUGAUUGCCUUCUGGAUACGGUAACGGCGAUUGUCGCCGACUGCGAUCACGAAAGCGUUAAGAUCAUCAAAAAUAUCGAAAUCUUCAUAAAACGAUACAAAGAUCUUGCGCGCGAAAUCACCAAUCUUCGUAUGAAACCGGAUGAUUUCACCUCCAUCAAGUUGAUAGGACGCGGUUCGUUCGGCGAAGUUCAGCUCGUUCGUCACAAAACCUCAAACCAGGUGUAUGCCAUGAAGCGUUUAUCAAAAUACGGCAUGAUAACACGUUCAGAUACUGCGUUCUUUUGGGAGGAGCGCUACAUCAUGACCCACGCCAACUCAGAGUGGAUCGUGCAGCUACACUACGCAUUCCAGGACUCGAAAUAUCUGUACAUGGUGAUGGAUUACAUGCCGGGUGGCGAUAUUGUUUGCCUCAUGAAUACGUACGAAAUACCGGAAAAAUGGGCCCUUUUUUACACGAUGGAAGUUGUUUUAGCACUCGACACCAUCCACAACAUGGGUUUUAUUCAUCGCGACGUGAAGCCGGAUAAUAUGCUGCUCGACAAGCACGGUCACCUCAAGCUGGCAGACUUCGGAACGUGUAUGCGAAUGGGUGACGAUGGGCUGGUGCACUCUUCGAAUGCCGUGGGUACUCCGGACUACAUUAGUCCCGAAGUGCUGCAGUUUCAAGGCGACAAAGGAGGCUACGGGCGCGAGUGUGAUUGGUGGUCGGUAGGAAUAUUUCUGUACGAAAUUUUGAUCGGCGAUACACCCUUCUACUCCGACAGCCUAGUGGGCACUUACGGCAAAAUAAUGGAUCACAAAAACAGCUUGCACUUUCCGGACAACGUGGAGAUCAGUGAAAAUGCCAAGUCCCUGAUCAAAGGAUUCCUGACCGAUCGCACGGUGCGUCUUGGGCGGCACAGUGUAGAGGAAAUCAAAUCGCACCCAUUCUUCGUAAACGAUACGUGGACAUUUGAGAAUUUACGCCAAUCAGUACCUCCAGUCGUGCCGGAGCUGAGUGGGGACGAUGAUACACGCAAUUUUGAUGAAGUUGAGCGCAAAAACAGCAUCGAACUCACCUUUCCGAUACCGACCACAUUUGCUGGGGACAACUUGCCGUUCAUAGGAUUCACUUACACGAGCGACCAUCAGCUACUCGGAGGCAGCCUGGAUACAGCAGGUCAGCAGGAUAUAACUGAUAACAAGGAAGGGAGUGGAACCGCGCGUGCCAGCAAUCAUCGCCACCGUCCCUCCAAUAGUGCUGAGAUAGCCCGUCUUGAAAAUAUGCUCCAGCGCGAGAAACAUACGGUGGAAAUGCUGGAAAAACAGGAACGCACUCUUCGCCAACAGAUUGAACUGAUCACGAAACGCGAAUCGGAUAUCCAGACGCUCGCCAACAACUAUGAGCGUGAGCUAACUGUGCUGAAGCACAACUUUCGUGAAAUGCAAAGGCGGGCGGAUGGUGAGCAGGAGGCAAGAAAAAAGGCAGAGAACGUCCUGGUGGAAACCAAGCAACGUCUGACGGAGGAGAGAAAUCGACGAACGCAAGAAUUAAACAACAGCCAUCAGUAUAACGAUCGUAUUAAUGCCCUUGAGAAGCAGCUAGCUGACUGCCAGGAAAAGUACAAGGCUGAGACAGAUGCUGGGCAAAAAAUGAAGAAGCAACUGGCGGAUCUGCGGCUAGUGGCGAGCGGUGCCGAACAAAAGGCGCACGAUUUGCAGGCGGUACUGCUGGGACUGCAGACAAUGCGUGACCUGCUGCAGCAGGAAGUGGCUGAUUUGCAAAGCCAACUAUCGCAGGAACGAAAUACACGACUUCAACGACUCGAAAUUCAAAAGGAAAUGGAGACGAAGGUGCA